GUUCUAUAUCAGCAAAUGAAAUUUUCCCACGUUUUAUGCACAUGGCCAAACUUUACACCGGCAAUAGGGAGAUGAUUAUAGCAUUUCUUUGCUAAUUUUUUUUACGAUCAAGUAUCAAAGUACCUGAUUUAGGGAAAGAAAGUUUACUUUCAGCAAGAAUAAAAGGGAAGAGUAUCAAAACAAAGAUGAAUAGUUGGAUGUUUUUAGUGUUGAUGCUGACUGUCUGUUGUCACAUUGUGAAGUCAGAAGGUGAAGCGGAACCUGUAGAAACUGAAAAAAAGGUCCAGUAUUUCCCACCAGAAAUUUCUGGAAGUCCACAUUUCUUAGAGACAUUUGAUGAUCCUGGUGUUUUGAAUAAUAAGUGGAUUUUAUCAGAUACAAAGAAAGAUGACACAGAGGAAGCCAUCGCAAAAUAUGAAGGAAAGUGGAAUAUUGAAGAACCAAAGUCCAACCCAUUGCAGGGAGAUUUGGGACUAGUAUUAAAGUCACGUGCCAAGCUUCAUGCCAUAGCUGCCAAGUUUUCCAAGCCAUUUGAGUUCACGGGUCAACAGCUGGUAGUGCAAUAUGAAGUGAAGUUCCAGGAAGGAAUGGAGUGUGGUGGAGCCUAUAUCAAACUGUUAUCUCAUUCUAAAGACAUGAACCUGAAAAAACUGAAUGACAAGACCCCCUACACCAUCAUGUUUGGCCCUGACAAGUGUGGGAUGGACCACAAGCUACAUUUUAUUCUCAGACACACCAAUAAAAAAUCAGGGCAGGCAGAGGAAAAACAUGCAAAAAAACCAUCUGGCAGUUUGGAUGGUUAUUUCACAGAUAAAAAGACUCAUCUCUUUACUUUAGUUAUUGCGGAUGACAAUUCAUUUGAGAUCUAUGUUGAUCAAGAAUUGGUUAAUAGUGGUAAUCUCCUGGAAGAUAUGAGCCCACCAGUAAACCCACCUAAGGAAAUUGAAGAUAAGAAUGAUAAGAAGCCUGAGGACUGGGAUGAGAGAGAAAAAAUCCCAGAUCCUGAUGCUACCAAGCCAGAUGACUGGGAUGAGACUCAACCAGAGACCAUAGUAGAUCCAGAUGCUGCAAAACCAAGUGGCUGGUUGGAUGACGAACCAGAGCUCAUCCCUGAUCCAGAAGCAGAAAAACCUUCUGAUUGGGAUGAGGACAUGGACGGCGAGUGGGAAGCACCACAAAUUAGCAACCCCAAGUGUGAGGGUGCCCCAGGGUGCGGCAAGUGGACCCCACCCACCAUCAAGAACCCCAAGUACAAGGGCAAGUGGUCUGCACCCAAGAUUGACAAUCCCAACUACAAGGGCAAGUGGAAACCAAGAAUGAUUCCAAACCCAGACUACUAUGAAGAUCUCACUCCAUACAAAGUGACCCCAUUUUCGGCUGUAGCAUUAGAGCUUUGGACAAUGACAGAGGACAUUUUGUUUGACAACUUCAUCAUCACAGACAGCAAAGCCACAGCAGACUCACUUGCUGAACAGACCUGGGCUUUGAAGAAGAAGGAGGAGGAGAAAAAAAUUAACUCAUCAGGAAAAAGUGUUAUAGAUGCAGUCAUGGAUGCUGCACAAGAGCGUCCCUGGCUCUGGGCUGUUAUUGCCCUCGUAGUAAUCCUCCCAGUUGUCUUAAUAGUAGCAUAUUGCUGUAUGUCCUCUGAUAAACCAUCUCAGGUUGAUGACAUUGCUGCUAGAAAAAAAUUUGAUGAUGAAAAGACAGAAGCAGAAGAAGAGAAGGAGGAGGAAAAAGCUGGAGAGGAAGAGAAAGCAGAAGCUAGUGAAGAAAGCAAGGCAGGUGGAGAUGCAGGAACAGGUGUGAGGAGGAGGACAAAAAAAAGUGACCUAGAGGUAGAGGAGGAGAACAAGGAAGGUGAUGAUGAAGAGGAAGAAGAAGAAGAGGAGGCUAGUGAGUCACAAAGCAAUAGUUCACCAAGAAAAUCUCCUAGGAAAAGAAAACCAAGAAAGGACUAGGGUAUAGCAGCAAGAAAAUGUAGUUAGAUAAGAAUAAACAAUUACCGUGAUUUCAAUAUUUUACAAACAGUGGGCAUCAAUCAAUUUUUACAACAAGUCUUGUAUAUACUACUACAUGAAUUGAGCUUGCUACUUUUGUUACUUUGAAUUUUGUUAACUUUCUGUGUCUGUGUCUUGUGAUUGUCAGACUGCUGAGGUUGGACUUUCUAAAUGUUAAUUAUUACAUACAACUGACUGUCAUUGGGGAAAUCUAAAAUGACAAAUCUUUUUGCUAUCUUUGUUGAUAUUAUUGUCCAAACCAUUGAAAAAAAAACCAAGGUGUAUAGAAAUUUAGUGUGUUUUCAAUUUAAUUAAUUGU